AUGGCAUCGGCGGUUUUUGUGCUCGACCUAAAAGGAAAAGUUCUCAUUUCUCGGAAUUAUCGUGGCGACAUCCCAAUGUCGGCUGUUGAAAAAUUCAUGCCCCUGGUGUUGGAGGCUGAAGAGGAGCAACAAGCACCAACUCCUUGUUUUACUCACGAGGGUGUAAAUUACUUGUCUGACCGAGAUCCAUCCAGAGUAUCUUGUUCGGCUCAGUUGAGCAUCGCCCAAAAUCUGAAUUCAGUGGUGUUGGCUUUGACAAAGAAAAAUUCCAACGCAACCAUGAUCCUCCUGUUUCUUCACAAAUUGACCGAGGUUUUCACUGAAUAUUUUAAAGAGCUCGAGGAAGAGUCGAUUC